AGGAGGAGUCGGGCUGUGGGGCUGGGAGUCUGCACCCGGGAGGCGGAGGUCCUGUCAUUUCGGGCCGUUCUCGCUUUCCUGAGAGAGAAGAGCCUUUCUCGCCCGUCUCCCUCGCUGGCUCCGUGGCCUCGGCAGGCCCGCAGCCCCGACGGAGAGGCAGGAGCCGCGCUCGGGUGGAGAGGGGCCGGGGCCCGCCUGGAGGGAGGAGGGUGGCGGAUCCGGAUCCCCACGGUGGUCUCGGUCCGGGCCAGUCCGGGGAUCGGGGUUCUCCGUCUGACUUUAGAGCCGUUAGAGUCUUUGGCAGCCCUUUUCCCAGACGGGGAACCCCUCAGCCCCUUUCCGUAGGUCGCCAGGUUGGGGGAAGAGGGAGGGUCCGCCCCUUACCGAUCCAUUCAUUCAUCCCGCGCCUGCUGUGAGCCGUGCGCUGCGGUAGGUACGAAGCGAGGAGGCACAAGUCCCCUUCCCUCUGGAAACCUGCAGGCUUGCAGGAUCCGUUAUGGCAUUCAGUAAAUCUUGAUUGGGCACCUAUAGGAGGAGAUAGACUGUUGUGAGGUUCAUAUCAACAGAGAUGCGGAGAUAAACACAGUUGUGGAGGGUGGAAUUUGUUCCAGCCGCUCCCCGCAUCCAACAGGAUAAAAUUCACUUAGCCUAACCUGACCUUCCAGGCCCUCGUGAGCCGAUCCUUGCUCUCCCCGCAGCCUUUUCUCCUACACCUUUCUCUCUAUUCCCAUUAUACCGAACUCUUUGCAAUUCAUGAAUUCAACAAGUAGUUGUGGAGCACUUAUUUCAAGUCAGGCACCGAAUCAGCCAAAGAGGUUGCAAAGUAAAAUAGAUGGAUCUCUACCCUCCUGCAGUGUUGAGCUUAAUGGGGGACAGAUAAUAAGCCGAUGAAUAAAAACACAAGAGCGGAUAGUUUGGAACCACGCUUCCUGGGUUUGAUCCCAGCCCUGCCACUUUGAAAGCUGUUCCUGAACCGGCUUUGAGCCAGUUCCUCGUUCUGCUUGCUCGUGUUACCUUGCGGUAAAGAGAGGAUGACAAGAGAUUCCACCAUAUAGGCUUCUUGUAAGGAUUAAAUGAGUUUGACUUGAAAAGCAAUUGGAACAGUGCUUGGCACACAGUAAGCAUUCAAUAGUUAUUAUCUGUUUCAUAUGAUUAUAACCUAUGACAGAUGCCACUAUGAAAACAGUGGACGAUGAUAGGGAUUACCGGGGAUGGAGAGGGUCCAUAAAGGAUUAGAGAACACUUCUCUAAGAAGACACAGAAGAGAAUGAGCCACCCAUACAAAGUAGAUUCCAGAUGUGAAAUUAAGUGAACCAUAUAUGUUUCAUCAUCGUGGAGAUCUUGGAGAAUUAUCUGAGCACCAGGUUCAUAUGUAUUCGAUCUCAGAGGCGUCUAUUGGACAACAAAACACUCUUUCAGUUGUGAACUUUAUUUAUUUAUUAUUAUUAUUUUUUGAGACAGAGUUUUGCUCUUGUUGCCCAGGUUAGAGUGCAGUGGCACGAUCUCGGCUCUCUGCAAUCUCUGCCUCCCAGGUUCAAGGGAUUCUCUUGCCUCUGCCUCCCGAGUAGCUGGGAUUACAGGCGUCUGCUACCACACCUGGCCAAUUUUUUGUAUUCUCAGUUGAAACGAGGUUUCACCAUAUUGGCCAGGCUGGUCUCGAACUUCUGACCUCAGGUGAUGCACCCCCCGCGUCCUCCAAAAGUGCUGGGAUUACAAGUGUGAGCCACCGCGCCCGGCCCAGUUGUGGACUUUAACAGAGGGAAGCUUUAAACAUGUUUAACCACAGGCCCAAUUUGAACAAAGAUACUUCAAUCAUUAUAGAGAGGAAAACAGUACUUUUUGUUCAAAUGUGCAAACUCUCCAAGUAUCUAAUGGAGAAGUAGAGAGGAACCCUAAUGAAACUGAGUGUGAAUGAGGCUCAGCUAGGCUUUUACUUGGGUUCACUUUCUCAUCUGUCUGUAUGUCCCAGGAUUGACCCUCGCUCCUCUGAAGACCAGCCUGAAAGCCUUAAAACUGGUCAGAUGAUGGAUGAGUCUGAUGAGGACUUUAAAGAACUCUGUGCUAGCUUUUUCCAAAGAGUGAAAAAACAUGGAAUCAAGGAAGUGUCAGGAGAAAGGAAGACACAAAAGGCCGCCUCAAACGGCACUCAGAUAAGAAGCAAAUUGAAAAGGACCAAACAAACUGCUACCAAGACCAAAACCCUUCAAGGCCCUGCAGAGAAGAAACCUUCAUCUGGCAGCCAGGCCCCUAGGACUAAAAAGCAAGGGGUAACCAAAUGGCAAGCAAGUGAACCGGCCCUCUCUGUGAAUGGGGAGGGGGGUGUGCUUGCCUCUGCUGCAGAUCCGCCUGUGCUCUGGGAAACAGCACAAAACACCCAGACGGGUAACCGGCAAGAACCAUCGCCAAACCUUUCCAGAGAGAAAACCAGAGAGAAUGUGCCCAACAGCGACUCCCAGCCUCCUCCUUCCUGUUUGACAACAGCAGUGCCAAGUCCCUCCAAACCCCGCACAGCACAAUUGGUCCUACAGCGAAUGCAGCAGUUCAAGAGAGCAGACCCCGAGCGUUUGAGACACGCUUCAGAAGAGUGCUCCCUUGAGGCUGUGCAGGAAGAAAAUGUCCCAAAGAAUCCUCAAGAGGAGAUGAUGGCAGGGAAUGUGUAUGGGCUUGGGCCCCCUGCCCCAGAGAGCGACGCUGCGGCGGCCUUGACCCUGCAGCAGGAGUUUGCACGGGUAGGAGCAUCGGCACGUGAUGAUAGCCUGGAGGAAAAGGGUUUGUUCUUCUGCCAGAUUUGUCAAAAGAACCUCUCAGCCAUGAACGUGACCCGAAGGGAACAGCAUGUGAACAGGUGCUUGGAUGAAGCUGAAAAGACACUAAGACCUUCCGUGCCUCAGAUCCCUGAGUGCCCGAUUUGUGGGAAACCGUUUCUUACCUUAAAGAGCAGAACCAGUCACUUGAAGCAGUGUGCUGUGAAGAUGGAGGUUGGCCCCCAGCUCCUGCUGCAGGCUGUGCGGCUGCAGACAGCACAGCCCGAGGGGAGCAGCAGCCCGCCCGUGUUCAGCUUCAGUGAUCACAGUAGAGGUCUGAAACGGAGAGGACCCACCAGCAAGAAGGGGCCAAGGAAGAGGCGGAAGGUGGACGAGGCACCGUCCAAGGACCUGCUGGUGGCCAUGGCUCUGUCCCGGUCGGAGAUGGAGCCAGGUGCGGCUGUGCCAGCACUCAGGCUGGAAAGUGCCUUUUCUGAGAGGAUAAGACCAGAAGCAGAGAAGAAAAGUCGCAAGAAGAAACCCCCGGUGUCCCCCCCAUUGUUGUUAGUCCAGGACUCUGAAACCACAGGCCGACAGAUAGAGGACCGUGUGGCCCUGCUCCUCUCUGAGGAAGUGGAAUUGUCUAGCACACCACCACUUCCUGCCAGCAGGAUUUUAAAGGAAGGGUGGGAAAGAGCGGGCCAGUGUCCUCCUCCACCUGAACGCAAGCAGAGCUUUCUGUGGGAGGGCAGCGCACUGACUGGGGCCUGGGCCAUGGAGGCCUUCUACACGGCCAGGCUGGUCCCUCCUCUUGUGCCCCAGCGGCCUGCCCAGGGCCUCAUGCAGGAGCCCGUGCCGCCUCUGGUGCCACCUGAGCACUCAGAGCUGGGUGAGCGAAGGUCACCUGCUCUCCACGGCACCCCCACUGCAGGCUGUGGCUCCAGGGGCCCGUCGCCUUCGGCCAGCCAGAGGGAGCACCAGGCCCUGCAGGACCUCGUGGACCUGGCGAGGGAGGGACUGAGCGCCAGCCCGUGGCCCGGCAGUGGGGGCCUGGCUGGCUCGGAAGGGACUGCAGGGUUGGACGUGGUGCCCAGCGGCCUUCCUCUGACUGGGUUUGUGGUGUCAUCGCAGGACAAGCACCUGGACAGGGGCGGCCGCACCUCGCUCUCCCUUGGGCUGCUGGUUGCUGACUUUGGCGCCAUGGUCAAUAACCCACACCUGAGUGACGUCCAGUUCCAGAUGGACAGCGGGGAGGUGCUUUACGCCCACAAGUUCGUGCUUUAUGCCCGAUGCCCACUCCUCAUCCAGUAUGUGAACAAUGAAGGCUUCUCCGCUGUAGAGGACGGGGUUCUGACCCAGCGUGUCCUGCUGGGUGACGUGAGCACCGAGGCCGCCCGCACGUUCCUGCACUAUCUCUACACCGCGGACACUGGCCUUCCUCCUGGCCUUAGCUCUGAGCUGAGCUCCCUGGCCCACAGGUUUGGCGUGAGCGAGCUCGUUCACCUGUGCGAACAGGUGCCUAUUGCCACGGACUCAGAGGGCGAACUGUGGGAGAAGGAAGCAGAGCAUUGCGAAAGCAGGGCUGAGAAUUUCCAGGAACUCUUGAGGUCAAUGUGGGCAGAUGAAGAGGAGGAAGCGGAGACUUUGUUGAAAUCCAAGGACCAUGAAGAAGAUCAAGAAAACAUGAAUGAAGCAGAAAUGGAAGAAAUUUAUGAAUUUGCAGCUACUCAGCGAAAGCUGCUCCAGGAAGAAAGGGCAGCGGGUGCCGGCGAGGACGCUGACUGGCUGGAGGGUGGCAGUCCGGCUUCUGGGCAGCUCCUAGCAAGUGUCCAGGUGCAGAAACAGUGGGACAAGGUGGAGGAGAUGGAGCCAGGAACAGACGAGGCCACCACCACCUGGGAGAAGGUGGGACACUGCACUCUCCCGCCAUCCCAGGGCCAGCACUCAGGGGCACGGGGAGCAGAGGCCCCUGAGCAGGAGGUGCCAGAGGAGGCGCUUGGCCAUUCCAGCUGCUCCAGCCCUUCCAGGGACUGCCGGGCAGAGAGAAAAGAAGGCUCCCUUCCGCACUCAGAUGAUGCCAGUGAUUACGAACAGCUCUUCUCAUCAAUUCAGGGAGACAUCUCAGAGCCGUCCCAAAUAACAAGUGAGCCCGAGGAACAAAGUGGCGCUGUCAGGGAAAGGGGGCUGGAGGUUUCUCAUCGCCUGGCUCCCUGGCAGUCGUCUCCACCGCACCCGUGCCGCUUCCUACUGGGGCCUCCCCAGGGCAGGAGUCCCCGCGGGUCUCAUCACCCUCAUCACGUAAGUGGGUCAUCCCUGUCGACACCCCGGUCCCGUGGCGGAACUUCCCAGGUGGGCUCCCCAACCUUGCUGUCUCCAGCUGUGCCAUCAAAGCAGAAAAAGGACAGGAGCAUCCUCACGCUAUCUAAAGAGCCAGGGCACCAGAAAGGCAAAGAGCGUCGGUCCGUGCUGGAGUGCAGAAAUAAGGGGGUCCUGAUGUUCCCAGAAAAAUCUCUGUCCAUUGACCUAACCCAGUCAAAUCCUGACCAUUCGAGCUCCAGAUCUCAGAAAUCUUCAUCCAAACUGAACAAAGAAGAUGAGGUCAUCCUCUUACUGGACUCGGAUGAGGAGCUGGAGCUAGAACAAACCAAAAUGAAGUCUAUUUCUAGUGAUCCUCUGGAAGAAAGGAAAGCUCUAGAAAUUAGCCCUAGGUCCUGUGAGCUGUUUUCCGUCAUUGAUGUUGAUGCAGAUCAGGAACCUUCCCAGAGCCCACCAAGAAGGGAAGCUGUGCUGCAGCAGGAGGAUGAGGGGGCGCUGCCGCAGAAUCGGGGCUCUUUGGGCAGCAGAGGGGCUCCCUGGCUGUUCUGUGACCGUGAGAGCAGCCCCAGCGAGGCCAGCACCACAGACACCUCGUGGCUGGUGCCCGCCACCCCGCUGGCCAGCAGAAGCCGCGACUGUUCUUCCCAGACCCAAAUCAGCAGCCUCAGAAGCGGGCUGGCCGUGCAGGCGGUGACUCAGCACACGCCCAGGGCCUCCGUAGGAAACAGGGAAGGGAACGAAGCCGCACAGAAGUUUUCUGUCAUCAGGCCCCAGACACCACCGCCCCAGACACCGUCCUCAUGCCUCACUCCUGUCUCUCCAGGAACUUCUGACGGCAGAAGGCAAGGCCACAGAAGCCCUUCCCGUCCGCACCCCGGGGGCCACCCGCACUCCUCUCCGCUGGCUCCACAUCCCAUUUCAGGGGACCGCGCCCACUUUAGCAGGCGAUUCCUGAAACACUCGCAGCCUGAGCCAAGCUUCCUGAACCAGACCACAGCGAGUGAAGUGGUGGAAGUCGGAGACAGUGACGAUGAGCAGGAGGUGGCCUCCCAUCAGGCCAACAGCAGCCCCCCACUGGACAGUGACCCCCCAAUUCCAAUUGAUGACUGCUGCUGGCACAUGGAGCCCCUCUCGCCAAUUCCCAUUGACCACUGGAACCUGGAGCGGACCGGCCCCCUGAGCACCAGCAGCCCCAGCCGCAGGAUGAAGGAGGCCGCCAACAGCCAUGACUGUUGCUCCCCGGGACUCCUGGACACCACCCCAAUCCGAGGAAGCUGCACUACCCAGAGGAAAUUGCAAGAGAAGUCCUCGGGCGCGGGCUCCCCGGGGAACAGCAGGCCGAGCUUUCUGAAUUCGGCUCUGUGGGAUGUUUGGGAUGGGGAAGAGCAGAGGCCUCCAGAGACCCCUCCUCCGGCCCAGAUGCUAAGCGCCGGUGGAGCUCAGAAGCCCGAAGGGUUAGAGACACCCAAAGGUGCUAAUCGGAAGAAGAACUUGCCCCCCAAAGUGCCCAUAACGCCAAUGCCACAGUAUUCCAUUAUGGAGACACCGGUGCUGAAGAAGGAACUGGAUAGGUUGGCGGUCUUCAAAGCUUGUUGCCCACAGUGGUCUUUUCCCUCCCACGAGUUUGGAGUCCGCCCUCUGCCUAAACGCCAGAUGGUUCUGAAGCUGAAGGAGAUAUUCCAGUACACUCACCAGACCCUGGACUCAGACUCCGAGGACGAGAGCCAGUCCUCACAGCCGCUAUUGCAGGCACCUCGCUGCCAGACCCUCGCCUCCCAGACCCACAAGCCUUCAAGGGCAGGGGUCCAUGCCCAGCAGGAGGCCACCACAGGACCCGGGGCCCAUAGGCCCAAAGGACCUGCUAAGACCAAGGGCCCCCGACAUCCAAGGAAGCAUCAUGAAAGCAUCACACCCCCAAGCAGGUCGCCCACCAAGGAGGCACCUCCAGGCCUCGAUGAUGACGCCAAGAUCCCAGCCUCUCAAGAAUCCGUGGCCACCUCUGUGGAUGGCAGUGACAGCUCCUUGAGCUCACAGAGUUCUUCCUCCUGUGAGUUUGGAGCGGCAUUUGAGUCUGCAGGUGAAGAGGAGGAGGGCGAGGAGGAGGUCAGUGCCUCACAGGCAGCCAUGCAGGCGGCGGACACGGACGAGGCGCUGAGAUGCUACAUCCGCUCCAAGCCGGCCCUGUACCAGAAGGUGCUGCUGUACCAGCCCUUUGAGCUGGGGGAGCUGCAGGCAGAGCUGAAGCAGAACGGCCUCCGUGUGUCCUCGCGCAGGCUGUUGGACUUCCUUGACACCCACUGUAUCACCUUUACCACUGCCGCCACCCGCAGGGAGAAGCUCCAGGGCAGGAGGCGGCAGCCUCGGGGCAAGAAGAAGACGGAGCGGAACUGAUGGGGCCUUCCCGACCCCACCCCAUCCUGCCAUCAGCAGCCCCCACCCCCGCCAUUUGCAGGGAGGACCUGGGACACCCAGCGUGGGUCAGGCCUCCACAGGCAUUUCUGGGCCUGGGGACCACCUCAGCUCUGCACUGUGAUGAUGACCACAGCCCAAUCCAGGGCUUCCUCCUCUGGGCUCUGCUUUCUAGAGUGGCAUUUGGAGCAUGUCACCCACUGGAUUUAGAGACUCCAGCCCCUUCCUCUGUCCGUGCUCACAGUGUGUCUCCCUUUUUGGUUUUCGUUUUCUUUUUUUCUUUUUUUUUUUUUGAGAUAGAGUCUUGCUCUGUCGCCUAGGCUGGAGUGCAGUGGCACAAUCUCGGCUCACUGCAACCUCCGCCUCCCAGGUUCAAGCAAUUCUCCUGCCUCAGCCUCCUGGAUAGCUGGGACUACAGGCACAUGCUGCCACGCCCAGCUAAUUUUUUAUAUUUUAGUAGAAACGGGGUUUCACCAUGUUGCUCAGGCUGGUCACAAACUCCGGAGCUCAGGCAAUCCGCCUGCUGCGGCCUCCCAAAGUGCUGGGAUUACAGGCGUGAGCCACUGUGCCCAGCCCAGUGUGUCUCCCUUUAACCCAGUAGGGCCCUCAGGUGUCCCGGGGGCAGUGGGCCAUCACCAGCUGGCCAGGGCAUGGCCUAUUCUGCCACAUUUGCCACCCUCUGAGCCUACCAGUCCUGGGCACAGCUGCCCCACAUGUCUGUUCUGAGAUGGACGUCAGGUCCAGCCUGCCCCAGCAGCCCGGGCCCGUUCUCCUCAGCACUCAGGCCAACCCCAGCCACUACCAGCCUGAGACCAGGUGUCCUCAGGCUCCCUGCACUGCCACAGCCCAGAUGCAGCUCUCCUGGCCCAGCUGUGCUACCCGGACACUUGUCAUUGUUACCAGCAGUCUCCAAACUGGACAGUGCACAAGGGCCCAGAACAACUCUGAUGCCACCACAAAACAAACAUGUUCACUAGCGGGUUCCAUUCUUUGGGUUAAAGCUGCCUCCAGCCUCAGGAGCAGCGUGGAGGAAGAUGAGAGCCAGAAAAGAAGGAAACCUUGGUCUCUCCAUCCUUGUGUAUGUCCUCGUCUGUUUCAAAUACAGUGCAGUCAGUUUUAUAUGAUGUGCAAUAAACCAAAAAGGCUUUAUUAAAA